AUGGUCCUCAAGGACUCCGUUUUCGAAAACAUGAGCUAUGCAGAUUUCAGCGCGCCGCUAGCUACAAAGGUCCAGGGCUCUUGGAACCUCCAUUCGCUCCUUCCCUCUGAUCUUGAUUUCUUCAUCAUGUUCUCUUCCUUAGCGGGGAUUAUCGGAAGUGGAGGACAAGCCAACUACGACGCUUGCAAUACCCAUCAAGAUGCUUUAGCCCACUAUCGGAUGCGCCUAGGACAGAAAGGCGUCUCCCUCGAUCUUGGAGCAAUGCUUUCCGAAGGCUAUGUAGCCCACGCCCCAGAAAUAAUGGAGCGGCUUGCAAGAGUAGAGGGAAUACAACCAUCUGAGGCCUUCAGGAGACCUACUGCCAGCAGGAAUGAUUCGAAAAUCAACGCUAUGUCCGCGUACUCAAAAUAG